AAAGCAUCGAUGUGCUGCUCCUAGCGUCCGAACCUUGCAAGCACAGAAGUCACCUUCCAACCUCUGCGACUUUCUUCCCCUGUCAUUAGCUACUAUACCAUUGAGUCCCGUGCUCAUUUGCAGGUUAAAGGCAUAGCCUUUUUCUAACACACAUAUCGUGCGUGAAAGAUUUUGUAUUUGAUUCAGCGUUCACUGACAAAAGUCUGUGGUCCACUGAUCGGUGUUGGUCAUAAGGGAGGAGGAGCAGGCGCGAGUCCAAACCGCACAGCGCUGAUCAUUGCAGCCUACGGAGCCAGAGGGCUACUCUGCGUCCGUGUGUGGAAUUAACGCAGCGCACAGACCGGCUGGUGAUGAGGUUUGUCGUGUACACUCGACAGAGCAUUGACAGAAUCCCUCUCGAGCUGAAGAAACUGCCCCAAUAAGGACACAGGCAAGAGGGGAAGAGCAACAGAAUAGCUGGUGUCGGCUGGAACGCUGUCAUUUCGGCAAGAAUGCAUCUCUUCAGUGCCAUGUUCCUACUAGUGAUGUUAGCUGCCAUGCCCAGCAAGGCUCUCUAUCCUAGCCCAGAGGAGGGCUGGCAGAUCUACAGUUCAGCUCAGGACGCAGAUGGGAAGUGUAUCUGUACAGUGGUGGCCCCGGCCCAGAACAUGUGUAACCGAGACCCACGCAGCAAACAGCUCCGCCAGCUCAUGGAGAAGGUCCAGAACAUCACCCAGUCCAUGGAGUUGCUGGACCUGCGGACCAACAGGGACCUUCAGUAUGUGAGGAACACAGAGAGCCUGAUGAAGGCUGUAGACGUCAAGCUGAAGACUGCCUCAGACAACCCCCGCAGCCUCAACCCCAAGAGCUUACAGGAGUUGAAGGACAAGGUGACCCAGCUGCUCCCCCUGCUGCCGGUGUUGGAGCAGUACAAGAUGGACGCCCGUCAGAUCAGCCGGCUGAGGGAGGAGGUGAGGAACCUGUCCCUGGUGCUCAUGGCCAUCCAAGAGGAGAUGGGAGCCUACGACUACGAGGAGCUGAGACACAGGGUCCUGCUGCUGGAGACCAGGCUCCACUCCUGCAUGCAGAAACUGGGCUGUGGGAAGUUGACCGGCGUCAGUAACCCCAUCACCAUCCGUGCAUCAGGGUCAAGAUUCGGCUCCUGGAUGACUGACACCAUGAUCCCUAGUUCAGACAACCGGGUUUGGUCCAUGGACGGCUACUUUAAGGGUCGUCGUGUCCUGGAGUACCGCACCCUAAACGACUUCAUGAAAGGCCAGAACUUUGUUCAGCACCUGUUGCCCCACCCCUGGGCGGGGACCGGCCACGUGGUCUACAACGGCUCCCUCUACUACAACAAGUACCAGAGCAACAUCAUCAUCAAGUACCACUUCAGGUCCCGCAGUGUUCUGGUGCAGCGCAGUCUCAGUGGGGCCGGCUACAACAACACCUUCCCCUACUCCUGGGGAGGCUCCUCAGACAUCGACCUGAUGGCAGACGAGAACGGCCUGUGGGCCGUCUACACCACCAUCCCCAACGCCGGCAACAUCGUCAUCAGCCGCCUGGAGCCGCAGAGCCUGGAGGUGCUGCAGACAUGGGACACAGGGUUCCCCAAGCGCAGCGCCGGAGAGUCUUUCAUGAUCUGUGGCACGCUGUACGUCACCAACUCCCACCUGGCCGGGGCUAAGAUCUACUUUGCCUACUAUACUAAUUCGUCUACCUACGAGUACACAGACAUCCCCUUCCAUAACCAGUACUCCCACAUCUCCAUGAUGGACUAUAACCCCAGGGAGAGGGUGCUGUACACCUGGAACAACGGACACCAGGUACUCUACAACGUCACUCUGUUCCAGGUCAUUAAGACCGCUGGGGACUAGAGACACCAGGGGUGGCUGGUGUCACUUUACAUCGGAGGACGGGCCUAUUGUAAUGGUUGGAAUGGAACGAUAUCAAACAACCAUUCCAUUGAUUCCAUUCCAGUCAUUAGUAUGAGCCGUCCUCCCUUCACAAGCCUCCAUGGAGAGACACCUAGAGCUAGCCUGGUCCCAGGUUUGUUGUGCUGUCUUGACAACUUCUAGUGUGACAAUGACUGUAUGUGUUGGAAAGAUAUCACAGACAGAUCUGGGACCAGGCUAACCCAGAGGCAGUCAGACCGAACACACAACAAAACUAUAAUGGUGUUACGGGGGGCGGGGGGGGGCAGACAGAUGGACGGACGGAGGCUUGGACUUUUUUUUAAGCAUUUCAAUCUUCUUCAUAGACUGCUGUUAUUCAUUCUGGAAAAAAAUACACUUCGACAGCAAUGUUGGUAAAUAUAUACAGACUGGGAGGCUUUCUGAUUUUCUUUUCUGUGAUGAGUAAGCAUGGUUCUUUUUAUUUGUGAUGAGAAAUAAAUAUCAACCUUUACCAUUUAA